AUGAUCGGCCAGUCAGAGGUCGAAGAGGCUCUACUACAUCAACUUGAUAUCCCUGUCGACUAUAAUUCGCAUGUCAACGGGAUCGAAGAGACCACGUCAGGUGUCGUGGUGACGACCGACAAGGGAAAAACAAUAACGGCCAAAUAUGCGAUUGCGGCAGAUGGUGCGCGCUCGUUUGUGCGCACCACACUUGGGAUACCCUUUACCGGAACCAAGCCCGAGAUGGUCUGGGCCGUUCUGGAUACCUUCAUUAAAACGGACUUUCCGGUUUGUCCUGAGAUCAUUACCUUUCAGAAGGAUGGGCAAUCGCGCGUUGCGUGGAUUCCGCGGGAACGGGGUAUGAACCGCUUCUAUAUCCUCCUCGAUGGAGAAAUCACACAGGAAAAAGCCGAAGCCUCCGUCCGAGACCAUAUGGCUCCGCACAAGGUUGAGUUCAAGAAGACGGAGUGGUUUAGUACAUUUGAGAUCAAGGAAAGAGUAGCCAGCACAUUCAUUUCUAAGGAUGGAAAUGGUCGCAUUUUGCUUGCGGGCGAUGCCGCCCACGUUCACGCCGUCAAUGGUGGCCAGGGUCUGAAUACCGGGAUCGCAGACGCAUUCAACCUCAUAUGGCGGGUCGCCUUUGUGGCCAAGGGACAUGGAGGUUCUACACUACUGAAGAGCUACGAUGAAGAGCGUCGUGCCACAGCUUCGGCCGUUAUUGACGUUGCUGCUAAGUUAGUGCGGACCACUGUCAAGACUGCUUUAGAGUAUGUUGAAAUCAUUGAGAAGAAUGCGGGUUAUAUCACAGGUAUGGGAGUCUCCUACUCCUCUAAUACCCCACUGGUAGUCGACUCAAACUACGGCGACUUUGUUGCUGGGAACCGUUGCCCUGAUCUAUGGGUCACCAAGCUUCCCGUAAGAUCAUCUCAAACUAAUGCCGAAGAGCUUUCUCGAAUGCGUUUAUACGAGCUGUUUGGGUAUGGAAAAUUCAAGGUUCUCUUCAUUGGGAACGAGAAGCCUGCCUCUUUUGAACAGGCUAUUGAGCUGCAACAGAAAGCAGAAAUAUGGCAUAUCCAUGAUCAGGAUCAUCGUCUCACUACCCUUACGUAUGAGUUCGGUGCAGAAUGGGUGAAGAGCGACGAAGGCGCAGUUGUGGUUGUAAGACCGGACUUGUAUAUCGGUUAUGUUGGGAAGGAUUGGGUGCAAUAUUUGGCGUCGGUAUUUAAUUGA